UUUCAUUUGAAAUCCCUGUUCCUUCCUCAUAUCGAGGUUGCACGCCUAUAUGCUUUUAUCUCUCUCUCUCUCUCUCUCUCUCCAAACAUACAACUGAAACCCACCCAUUAAAACCUGAUACCUACAAAUCUUUAACAUCCUUCUUGCCAACGCUCAUUCAUUUUCAAUCACUGCCUGUAAAUUGAAAUUCAAGAAAGAUUUAAAAUAAAUAAAUAAAUAAAAUUUCUAAUGAGGCUCCAUGUUUCUCACAAAAUCUACGUGAAUCUGUCCUUUUUAAAUCUGUAUCAGUCGCAUAUCUAUUUCUAAAUAUUACUGCUAUCUUUCAUUCUGAAUCCUCAUACACACUGUCAACCAUUUUCAAACCAAAAGGCUAAAGGAGAAGUUGGUAGCAUUUCUUUCACAAAAGUCCAAACUUCCACUUCUAUUCCAAACUGUCACUCCUUCUAACUAAAACCCCAUCACCCAGUAGACCACCUGCUUAAUAAAACAAAACAAGUACAUUUUCAAAUCAAAAGCAGAAUUAUUAGUUUUCUUUUUCGGGGUUCAAAUCAGAACUUCCCUUUUCUUUCCUUUCUCAAACUAAACCAGUAUCCACCAAUGAGCAAUAGAGUUGUUAUAAACUUGUAUCCAAUCAUUUCAAAGCUUUUUAAAUUCUUCUCUUUUAUUUAGACUACGGACCAGCAACGCCAUCCAAAAACAGAAACUUGUUGCCAUGGUUUUUUGUUCACUCUCACUUUACUUCCAGUAAAAACCACACCCAGAAAGCAAAAAACUAAGAUCACUUGCCUCUAUCAGAAAAAAAGAGCUGGGAAUAGGUUUUGUUGCAUGGAUAAAGUAUCAACAAUAACGACAUUGACUGCAAGGAGGCCAAAAUGGCAAUACCCACCAGCAGCACCAACACCAAGAAUCCUACAUUUACCUCGCAGGCCUCGCAGGAAACCGCAGAUAAAGGCUAAUGCUGUAAAACCCAGUUCACAGAGAGACAAGAAAGGAAAGCUGGAGACUUUGUUUGAUCAAGAAAGAGAGUUUGCAAGAGGCGUUUUGCCCAUUGUAAUGGUGACUGAUCAGUGCCAGGAGGGAAGGAGAGAGAGAGUUGCGGAAAGAGAGAGUGUGGUAAUGGAGGAGGAGAAGUGGAGGUUUCAAGCUGAGAUGCUGAGGGCAGAAUGUAAUUUAUUAAGAAUGGAGAGGGAGAUUGCUGUGAAGAAGAUGGAGAGAAGAAGGGCUCAAGUGGAAAAGGCUUUAAAAUCUGCUGUUCAAACUCUUCUUUCUGGGAGAAAAAAGAUAUCCGAUGGAAAGGAGGUGAGCAUGGUUUUAGAGGAAGAGAUAAUCAAAUUGGUUGAAAAACUAGAGAAGCUGCAGAGAAGUUCAAGAUCAAGAAAUAAGGAUUUAGAAGUUCGAAAAUGUAGCAAUUUUGAUAGACAAGCAUCUCAUCUUCAAAGACGGCUAGAAAAGUUUACAGGAGAACCGGAUGAGAUAUGUGUGAAGGAAAUUCAAGAAAUGGCAGAAGCAAGCUUGUCAAUCCAAAUUACCAGCAGGGCCAAUGAAAAUUUUGCUUCGAACUGCAGCAGCAAUACUCUGCAGAUGGAGAUUCUGAGAAGGAGAAUGGAGAGACUGUCAAAGGGAAAUCUGUUAGAAAGGAUGGAAGUUGAAUAUGGGUCAAUGGUCUCUACAUCCAACAGUUCUGCAUCUAGUUCUGCUGCUACUUCCAAGCAAAAUGAAUUUCCUGAAAUAUCUUCAUCCUCAUUGAGACAACCAUGCAAGGAACUAAAGCCCUACGAGGAAAGGCCAUGUUCAGGAGGCUGCAAGGCUAUAGUGCGAAGGGUUGUGGAGCAAGUUCGUGCUGAGACGGAGCAAUGGUCCCAAAUGCAAGAGAUGCUGGGGCAGGUCAGGCAUGAGAUGGAAGAACUACAAGUUUCUAGAGAUUUUUGGGAAGAUAGAGCACUUGAUUCUGAUUAUCAAAUUCAAUCUCUACAGUCAGCAGUGAAAGAAUGGAAGCUGAAAGCUCUCUCUUCUGAAUCAAAGGCAAGUGAGCUGCAAGCUCAGGCGUCAAUGCUGAGUGCCGAGCUUGAAGGGUUGAAGAAGGAAAAAGCUAAAGAAAGAAGUAGAAGCAAGAAUUUAGCACCGAAUUCAUAUGAUUCACCAAAUGAAAUGGAGAAAAGAGUUUUGGUUUGUAGGUUGAAGGAAAAUCAUCAUCAUGGUAAAGAUGACGGAUGCAGUCAUACUGUUGGAAGAAAAAAGGUGAAUGCAUGCAGCAACAGUAGUGGACUUGAUGCUGCAAAAAGAUCACCGUUUAAGGAUAUUGGAAACUCAUCAUCGCUACCAUUAUUGCCAUUGAUGAGGCAAAAUAGCAGGGCAGUUUUUCCUUUGCAUUGUCCUGUGACUUCUUCCAAUGGUAGAAGUUUUGAAAGAUAUUCCUAAUGUUAUGAAUCUUGUACCUGAAUUUCGAGGCCAUUGUCGAAUCUCAGUAGAAGGCUAUUGCAUGUGAAUAGGGAGUUUUGUAGUGAAUUAUGAAUUAUCAUUGCGUUUCUUGGCUACUGAUUAUCUUAAACAAGUUGCUAAUUAGACCAACAUGCUUGAAAUUAGCGGUUCAAAUCUUUUGUCUCGGGCUUUGUGAGGUAUAUAUUUUAUCAAAAUAAAACUUAUUCGCAUUGAAAUUUU